UUUUAGGUUCUGCUUCCACAGCGUCAACUACGCCCAGAGACAUACAGUUACUGAAUAUAAUUUUCCAAUUUUUCACAAAUAUUACAGGCUACAUUUAAGUUGCUCCAUAUUUUUACAGUGCUCGACUAUGUUCCGAUUGCUUACAAAAUGCUCCAGAAUCUAUCGCGGUUCUGCUACGGUUUAUCAGAUGGUUGGCCGGGAUCUGUGCCGCGGCUAUGCCAAAGAUGUAAAGUUUGGUCCAGAGGUUCGUGCCAUGAUGUUGCAGGGCGUCGAUGUGUUGGCUGAUGCUGUGGCAGUGACCAUGGGGCCCAAAGGUCGCAACGUGAUUAUCGAACAGAGUUGGGGAUCGCCUAAAAUCACCAAGGAUGGUGUUACGGUGGCCAAAUCGAUUGCGCUCAAGGACAAAUUCAUGAACAUUGGUGCCAAGCUCGUUCAGGACGUGGCCAACAAUACAAAUGAGGAGGCAGGUGAUGGCACCACCACGGCCACCGUGCUGGCCCGUGCCAUUGCCAAGGAGGGCUUCGAUAAGAUCUCACGCGGUGCCAAUCCCGUCGAGAUCCGACGUGGCGUCAUGCUUGCCAUUGACUCGGUUAAGGAGAACCUGAGGAAAAUGUCGCGUCCAGUCAAUACGCCUGAGGAGAUUGCCCAAGUGGCCACCAUUUCGGCCAACGGCGACAAGUCCGUGGGCAAUCUGAUCAGCGAGGCCAUCAAGAAGGUGGGACGUGAGGGCGUCAUCACCGUCAAGGAUGGAAAGACCAUGAACGACGAACUGGAGGUCAUUGAGGGCAUGAAAUUCGAUCGUGGCUACAUCUCGCCCUACUUUAUCAACAGCUCCAAGGGCGCCAAGGUGGAGUUCCAGGAUGCGCUUUUGCUCUUCUGCGAAAAGAAGAUUAAGUCAGCCACGAGCAUUGUGCCCGCCUUGGAGCUGGCAAAUUCGCAACGCAAGCCGCUGGUCAUCAUCGCCGAGGAUGUGGAGGGUGAGGCCUUGAGCACGAUGGUCGUGAAUCGCCUCAAGGUUGGGCUCCAGGUGUGCGCGGUUAAGGCGCCCGGCUUUGGCGAUAAUCGCAAGGAGACGCUCGCCGACAUGGCAAUUGCCACAGGUGGCCUGGUGUUCGGGGACGAGGCCAACAUGGUGCGACUGGAGGACAUCAAGAUCAGCGAUUUCGGGCGUGUUGGCGAGAUUGUAGUCACCAAAGAGGAUACCAUGCUGCUUAAGGGCCAUGGCCAGCGUCCGAUGGUCGACAAGCGGGUGGAGAACUUACGCGAAGCCAUCAAGGAGAGCACCUCCACCUACGAGAAGGAGAAGAUGCAGGAGCGUCUGGCCAAGCUAUCGUCGGGCGUUGCUCUGCUCCGCGUGGGCGGCUCCAGUGAUGUGGAGGUGGGCGAGAAAAAGGACCGCGUCAAUGAUGCCCUCAAUGCCACGCGUGCUGCCAUCGAGGAGGGCAUUGUGCCCGGUGGUGGCACUGCGCUGCUGCGCUGCAUCACCAAGCUCAUGGAUCUUAAGGGCGCCAAUGAGGACCAGAACUUGGGCAUCGAGAUAAUUCGACGUGCCCUGCGUAUGCCCUGCCUAACGAUUGCCAAAAAUGCAGGCGUGGAUGGCGCCAUGGUGGUGGCUAAGGUGGAGAUUCUGGAUGGAGAUUAUGGCUACGAUGCUCUUAAGGGCGAAUAUGGCAACAUGAUCGAACGUGGCAUCAUCGAUCCCACCAAGGUGGUGCGCACAGCUAUCAUCGAUGCAGCCGGCGUUGCCUCGCUGCUGACCACAGCCGAGGCCGUUGUCACCGAGCUUCCUCUGGAGGACGCCAAUCCCAUGGCUGGUAUGGGCGGCAUGGGUGGCAUGGGCGGCGGCAUGGGUGGCAUGGGCGGCGGCAUGGGAGGCCUGGGCAUUUAGAGAAAUGCUUCAUUGAAAACGGUUUGCUCGGACUCAAAGAAGAACAUGAACUACACACUACUAAUUGGCAGAAAAACACAGGCAACGUUGGCUGUUCGUGGCUCCUUUUUAAAUUAAUCUUGGCAUCUCGUUUACUUCAGUCGCUUUCCGGUCACCUACAGCACUUCACUCACACACACACACGCACACACGCACGCACACACUAACUCACCCCCACACUCUCUCACUCACUCACUCACUCACUCACUCGCCCCCCCACACUUUCACUCACAUACGUACAUAUAAUUUUGGAAUGAAAUUUGACACGCGCUCGAUAUUCUAUUGGCAGGCCAACAAAGGGCGGCUUGUUAAUGAUUAAUAAUUCUUAACUAACUUUAAUUACUGGACUGCAGAACUAAAUGGGCUUCAUAAACCAUUUACCGACACUGAAAUCGCGCACUCAACUAGCUCAACAUUUUCGCCAUUUCGAUUUGAUGACUUAACACUCACAACAUUAA